UGGAGCCCCACUGUCUCCUCCUCCAGCAAAUAAAAAUCCAUAAAAAGACGAGAUUUUUCACCCCCAAAUCUCCGAUCUCUAUUUCCUCUUCAUCGCUCUGAUCGUCGUCACAAAGAUUCCUCCUUUCUCUUUUGUUCAGAUCUUAGGUCAAUAGAGAGGUAAAGGGAGAGACUUUGAAGGAUGUCUUCGUUUACAGGAACUCAGCAGAAGUGUAAGGCUUGUGAGAAGACGGUUUACCCUGUGGAGCUUCUCUCUGCUGAUGGUGUUAGCUAUCACAAGUCUUGCUUCAAAUGCACUCACUGCAAAUCCAGGCUUCAGUUGAGUAGGUAUUCAUCAAUGGAAGGUGUGUUGUACUGUAAGCCUCAUUAUGAGCAGCUCUUCAAGGAGUCUGGUAGUUUCACCAAGAACUUUCAGUCACCUGUUAAACCAGCUGAGAAAUCAAGUCCUGAGCUGACAAGAACCCCUAGCCGAGUUGCUGGUAUGUUCUCAGGCACACAAGAGAAAUGCGCCACUUGCAGUAAAACUGUGUAUCCUAUUGAAAAGGUAACAGUGGAGAGCCAGACAUAUCACAAGUCCUGCUUCAAGUGCUCACAUGGAGGCUGCCCAAUCUCACCUUCAAACUACGCAGCUCUUGAAGGAAUCCUCUACUGCAAGCACCAUUUCGCUCAGCUUUUCAAGGAGAAGGGAAGCUACAACCACUUGAUCAAAUCUGCUUCCAUCAAACGCUCUGCAGCUGCUGCAGUCGCUGCUGGUACACCAGCAGCCGCCGUUCCUGAAUCUUAAAAAAACUCAAUAAUUAUCUCUCUCCUCUUCUCUCUAGUCUAAAUUGAAAACUCAAUGCCAAACUGAUUCAGUUUGUUUUCUUUCUUUGUGUGAGUGUGUGUAAUCUAUCUCUUUGUUUCCAUUAUUAUCUCUCUUGUUUGUUGUCAUGACUUUGGUAUCUAUAUUAAAAAAAACUGAGUCUUUCCCUUC